CGCCCGCCGCCCGCAGAGGGGAGCCUGCGGCCGCAGCCGGGCGCGGACAGCGGUGGGGCAACACCUGGACGGGUGCGGGCCGCAGCGUCCCGCGCGCUUUCUGGGGAGAGGAGGCUCGCCGAGCCGCGUCUGGAGGAAGGUAUCACGAGAUGCUCAGAUGUUGCUGCUCUCCUCAAGUUGAUGACCCGGAUGCAAGAAGAAUGAACUGAGUCUGAUAAUAAACUGAGUCUAAGACUGGUCCAGAGUGGGAGUGGGAGUAGGAAUGCCACUGUGGGAACAAGUGACCUGGCUGGUAAGGAAUGCAACGUCCUUCUGAGAGCCUCCUCUCUACGUCGUCCCACAGACCACUGCUUCCUCACUGGAAAGGGCGCGGAGGACUUUGCAAUCAGGCACCUAAAAUUUGGCUGAGCCAACAUAAGACUUUUGCUGCAGAACUGAACAAGACAUUACUUCAUUUAAUUUUUUUUGCAUCUUCUAAUCAUUGAGCAACAGGCAUAGUCGUUUUGCUUUGAGAACUGUAAGCCAGAUUCAUUGCUCUUCAUUUUGUGUAUGAUUUUCAAAAUGAUUGACUUGAGCUUCCUGACAGAGGAGGAGCAAGAAGCCAUCAUGAAGGUGCUGCAGCGGGAUGCUGCCCUGAAGAGAGUUGAAGAGGAGAGAGUCAGACAUUUGCCUGAAAAAAUUAAGGAUGACCAAGAGUUGAAGAACAUGAGUGGCCAAUGGUUUUAUGAAGCCAAGGCAAAAAGGCACAGAGACAGAAUUCAUGGUGCAGAUAUCAUCAGAGCAUCCAUGAGAAAGAAGAAACCUCAGGUAGCAGCCGAGCAGAGUAAGGAGAGAGAAAAUGAGGCAAAGGAAAGUUGGGUAAAUAACGUCAACAAGGAUGCUUUCCUCCCUCCAGAGCUAACUGGUGCUGUGGGAGAGCCAGAAGAUGUAGCCCCAGCAAGCCCAAGUGCUAGCGUGGUCAGUCCAGCCUCAACCGUGAUGGAUACAUCACAGGAACACAAGAGGAAGUCAGCUGUGUCUCCGGCUAAGCAAAGGAAGAAUCCAUUUAAUAGCUCCAAGUUGCCAGAAGAUCAGUUAUCUCAACAAACCAAAAGUGAGCCGUCAACAAAUGGAAAGGCUGAUUUCUUUCAGACUCCAAAAGAAGGUGAAUUGUCAGAGUCCAAAGAAGACUCAUCUAUCCCAGAAACUUCAAGCCAAAAUUUAGAGAAAACAAAACAGACAUUUCCAGGCCCUGAGAACAGAUCUCAGGUCAAAGCUCCAAUCCCCAAAGCCAGGAAAAUGCUCCCCAAAUCACAUGAGUUAAAGCUCAAUGAUAACCAGUCUUUUCCCCGACAAAGGACAGACUCCCUGAGCACAAGGGGGGCUCCCAGAGGGAUCCUGAAACGCAACUCCAGUUCCAGCAGCACAGACUCAGAAACAGUGCGUUUUCAUCAGAACUUGGAACCCAAAACCAAAAUGGUGGCCCCUGGCCUCACCAUCCAUGAGAGAAUUUCUGAGAAGGAGCAUUCUUUAGAAGGUGACUCCUCCUCAAACUCCCUGGAGCCAUUAAAGCAUGUGAGAUUCUCUGCAGUGAAGGAUGAACUCCCCCAGAGACCAGGGCUAAGCCGUGGCCGGGAAGUAGGAGAAUUCAGUGUUUUAGAAUCUGACAGGUUAAAGAAUGGAACAGAAGAUGAUGUGGAUGUCGAUGAGUUUUGCAAUGACCCUCAGCCUUCUCAAUACAGGAAGCCUUUGCCUUUACAUCAGUCAGACUCAAACCUGACAGCAUCCAAAAAUGAAAAACAUCAGCUAGUGGCUUCUGGUUCUUUUCCAGUUAAUGGACAACAUUCUCCCUCAGAAGUUUUAGCUGCAAGACCAGAGUCCAUUGAAAAUUCAUCCACCAUCAAUGAACACAAAGCUAAACCAUCAGAAUUAUCACAACUUGAAUCAGAAUUGCCCAAAAGCCCUGCUGACGGACUGUCUUGUGUUGAGCCUGAGCCAUUUCAGGUGCCAGAUCACAGUUCUAGAGACCGUCAGCAAGGUAAGCCCCCUCUUCUCAAGGCCCUACAAACUAGGACGUCCUCCCACUCUGGUCCAUUUGCCACUGAGAUAAGGAAGACAACUGAUGAUUCCAUAUCUAAAGUUUUAGACUGGUUUAAUCGAAGUUCUCAUUCAGAAGACAAUAAGUCACCUCUCCAACAUCCCCAGAGAAUAGAGCUGAAGGAAGAGACAGACUCAGAAUCACCGAUUGCUACUGCCUUGGUGAGAGAUGACACCAUUCUAAAAGAAAAUGGCUUGAAGCCUCUAUUACCCACCAAAGUUAAACUGAGGUCUAUGGAAUCUGAUUCACCAUUCCAGGGAAAGGGAAAUACAUUGCCUUCAAGAACUUGCCAAAAUAAUAAUGUGAAUAUCAAUCCCAAAUCCAUUAUUUUGUCCCAACAAGGCAAGGAAGAUCCAGGCAUAUUGAAACCAUGUGAAAUCUAUGGCCCACAUCAAGGGAAUAAAACUAUGUAUUCUAGCCAUGGUUCAAAAAACAGAGGAGAAGGAAACUGGGCACUUUCCCCAAUCAGUAACUAUCCCUACAGUGCUCUCAAAGGACCUGAGAGAGAAGACCAGGUUCCAUGCAACAUUAAGAAUGUUGGCAGCUUAAGUGAAGAAGAGCCUAAGCUUCAUGUUUAUGAAAAAAAGAGAAGAAACUCAGAAGUAAAUUUUGACUCUUCAACACUUGUCAAAGAACCAAGUUUGAAAGAGAACAUGAAGGCAGAGCGAGAGAGCAAAGAAGGAGAUCCAUGCAUCCUGAAAACUCCUUUAGAGACAGAGAAUAUUGAGUCACUACAUGGGGCUACCAAAAACAAGUAUUCGAAGAAGCCUGAGGUCCAGUUACAAGAAACUACUGAGGUUCCCAAGAACCAAGUGCAAAGAGAAAAAUACAAAAGAGUAAGUGAAAGAAUAUCUUUCUGGGAAGGCGAGAAAGCUGCUGCUAAGUUAACUCAUAAAGAACCCACAUCGUCAUGCUGUCAAGGGAAACCUCCUGCUAAAGAAUAUCAGCCUGUGAAGUCCGUGGACAGUUUAUCUACAGGCCAGAGUGAAUGUAAUCAAGCCACUAGCAGACAAGUGGUCCUAGAUGAGAAUGGCCACACAGCCCAUCUCUCCAGUUUUUAUUCCUCAAAUAAACCUGAAGAGACCAGACCCCAGAUAUCAGGUCCAUCCAAAAACUAUCCUUCUGUUGACCAAUCAGGUGAAGUGUCUCCAUUUCAGAAUAAGAUAAAUGAACAUAUAAAAAGAUCGCCAGUGGCAGAGAGUUGCCAUUAUGAAAGGGACAGUACUUUACCGGCUUGGCAACAUUCUUUGAAUACUGGGAGUGCAGCACAUUUGCCUUUGGAGAAAGACAAACCUCUAAUCAGUGAAUCAAAUCCCAACUUUAAAGUUAUGUCCCUAAAACAGAGAAUGGAUGAACCCAAUACAGAACAGGUCUAUAAUCACUCUCAAUUUGAGAAUUUAAGAAAGUUUUGGGACUUAGGAGCCAAUCCAAACAGUCAAGAAAAUGUUGGGAAGAAUACUAACACAGUAAGCCAAAAUUAUGUGGAGCCAUUUUAUAGCCAGAAACACAAACAAUUCAGUGACAUUAAAUUAUCAGGAAAGCAUAUCCACGAAAUAGGGAUGCUUCCAGGUAAAAAAAAAAUUCUGGCAAGAGAGGAAAUAGAGAAAUUAAAUUCAAAGCAUACACUCCAGGUGUUACCAGAAGAAACCACAUUUCCAUUGGGACCAUCCAGAAAGUCUACUCAUCAUUUGCCAUCAUUUGAGUCAUCAAAGGAAAAUGUGGGAAAGAAUAUGAAAUUGUUUGUUACACCAGUGUUCAAGGAAGAAAAGGAUUACUCCGACCAAGAGGUUCAAGAAUCCAUAGUUAAAACAAGUGCUUUGUCUAAAGACUACAAAGACACUUUUAAUGACAGCUUACAGAAGCUACUUUCAGAAGCUUCAUCACUAGCCAUGCAUCCUUCGGGUGGAAAAGUUCAUGGAAAACAAAAGUCUGAACCAGAUAUUUCUGGAAAUAAAACAUGGCCUCAAGAUACAGGUUUUGCUGAGACUGAGGGAGAAGACAAAGGACAUAAGGAGAGCAUUUAUGAGCAUGUAGACAAAACAGUAGCUCCUCCGAAGGUUAAGCUGAACACUUUGACUGCUAGUCUAGACAAACUCCUAAAGGAAGCUACUGGAACUUCGCCCUGUGCCUUGCCAAGUGUGUUGGAACCUGUUACCACUAGGAUCAGCUCUGAACCUGAAGAGGGUAGAGUUUAUGAAAAAGGGAUAGAAGGGACAGAAUGGAGUCCCAGCACAUCAGCCUAUCAGAAAGUGCUAAUAGCUCCUUUUCCAAAGGGAAGCGAAACUUUGGUAAAUACAGCUCUUUCCCAGAAAUCUGGAAGUGGCGAAUGCCAGCCAAGCACGGAGGAUGGGUGUCAGGUAGCUGCAGAAAGUUCUCACCCAUCGGGUCCACCUUCCCAUCUUUACAGAAAAGAUUCUUUUGGGAAUGUGGCCAACUCUUCCCAAGAGAGGCCUUCUUCCAGAGAUGCUCAUCUUGCUCCCCAGGAUGAGGCAUUACCUUCACAAAGGGAAAUUUCAGAGACUGUAGAAAAAGUCAUUCUUUCACCUAAACCCACCUUGAAUGAUAUAAAUGUUGUAUUACAAAAGCUACUGAGAGAAGCUUGCUAUCCAGUGGGGAGGGAAGUAGUGCCUGGGGAAGUAAAAGCAGAAUUUCCUGAAGGAGUCCAGGCAGCAGGUAGCCCCCCAAAUUCUAUACCAGGGGCUACAAUGGAUGUUACAGUUCCAGACAAAGAUGAUUUUUGUUCCUUCAAUGUAGUCCCUGAUAAAACUCACAACGCUGGAUCUUAUUUAGCUGCUCGAGUGCCUCCAUCAGAGCAAACCCGUCACUCAUGUGAUUCCCCUGUUACUCAGUGUGGCAAAGAGUUACCUCAGGAAGUGGCAGAAAUUAUGAGGGAAACAGUUAUUCAACCUAAAUCAGAGUUCCUAGAAUUCAGUGCUGGCUUAGAAAAACUAUUGAAGGAAGCAACUGAACCCCCCUCCUCAAAAUACGAAAGUGACCCAGGAACUCUUUCUCCAUCAAAUGUAACAGGUUCAGAAGAAGAACCCAGUCCUGUCUUGAAAACUUUGGAAAGGAGUGCUGCUAGGAAAAUGCCUUCCAAAAGUCUAGAAGACAUUUCGUCAGAUUCACCAAGUGAGAAUAAAGAUCAAGCAAAAAUAGAUAAUCUGCCAGAAGAAUUAGUACGUAGUGCUGAAGAUGAUCAAAAAACAGAUCAGGAACCAGACACAAAUGAGUGCAUACCAGGAAUUUCCACAGUGCCUUCACCACCUGAUAAUCCAUUUUCCCACCCUGACAAACUCAAAAGGAUGAGCAAGUCCGUUCCAGCAUUUCUCCAAGAUGAGAGUGAUGACAGAGAAACAGAUACAGCCUCAGAGAGCAGUUACCAGUUCAGCAGACACAAGAAGAGCCCGAGCUCUUUAACCAAUCUUAGCAGCUCCUCUGGCAUGACGUCCCUGUCUUCUGUAAGCGGCAGUGUGAUGAGUGUUUACAGUGGAGACUUUGGCAAUCUGGAAGUGAAAGGAAAUAUUCAGUUUGCAAUCGACUAUGUGGACUCACUGAAGGAGUUACACGUCUUUGUGGCCCAGUGUAAAGACUUAGCAGCAGCAGAUGUUAAAAAACAGCGCUCAGACCCAUAUGUGAAGACCUAUUUGUUACCAGACAAGGGCAAAAUGGGCAAGAAGAAAACACUUGUAGUGAAGAAGACUUUGAAUCCUGUGUAUAACGAGAUACUGAGGUAUAAAGUCGAAAAACAAAUCUUAAAAACACAAAAGUUGAACCUCUCUGUUUGGCAUCGGGAUACAUUUAAGCGCAAUAGUUUUCUAGGGGAAGUGGAACUUGACUUGGAAACUUGGGACUGGGACAACAAACAAAAUAAACAACUGAAAUGGUACCCUCUGAAGCGAAAGACAGCACCGAUUGCCCUUGAAGCGGAAAACAGAGGUGAAAUGAAGUUAGCUCUCCAGUACGUCCCAGAGCCAAUUCCUGGUAAAAAGCUUCCGACAACGGGAGAGGUGCACAUCUGGGUGAAGGAAUGUCUUGAUCUACCACAGCUAAGGGGCAGCCAUCUAAAUUCUUUUGUUAAAUGUAUCAUCCUUCCAGAUACAAGUAGGAAAAGUCGUCAAAAAACCAGAGCUGUAGGGAAAACCACCAAUCCUGUCUUCAACCACACCAUGGUGUAUGACGGGUUCAGGCCUGAAGAUCUGACAGAAGCCUGUGUAGAGCUUACUGUCUGGGACCAUUACAAAUUAACCAACCAGUUUUUGGGAGGUCUUCGGAUUGGCUUUGGAACAGGUAAAAGCUAUGGUACUGAAGUGGAUUGGAUGGACUCUACUUCAGAGGAAGUUGCUCUCUGGGAAAAGAUGGUAAAUUCCCCCAACACUUGGAUUGAAGCAACUCUGCCUCUCAGAAUGCUGCUGAUUGCCAAGAUUUCAAAAUGAACCCAAAGUCGACUGGCUCCCACUGAAAACUACUAAGCAGGUGGAAUCUGAUCUUGCAAAUCUGACUGUGCAGACAGAUUUUCGUCUGCUGCCUCUUGCCACUAAUGGAGGCUACACAGCAUGUUAAAGUCAACCUGCAUAUGGUUCUUUGGUUAGAAGUCCCAAGAGAUUUAAGCAAGAAUAACGUGUGUAACUUACUUGUGACUUCGGCAUGAGAGAAGAUAUUUGAGAAAGUUAGGAAAAUCAAACAGUUGCUGCUGCUUCAGAGAAAAAGCCAUCAAAAAAUAUUAAAUGUGGGGUGUUUCUACCCAGCAAAAUAUUCUAGUUUUCCGUCCCGUGUUUCACACCACAUGCCAUGCAGUUAGAAGGGCCUGCUUGCUACUCAGUGGUUGAAAACCCUUGCAGGAAAUGAAAAUAUGCAGUUUUUGGAAGAGAGGGACAGGAAAAAAACUCCUAGAAGGGGGAUAAAGGCAGAAUAUCCGUGAUAGUAAAGAACUGACCAUAGGAAAACUAUUUACUCUGUAAUCUCUGUUAAAAUACGGAAUUCCGGUUUAGGGCCGGAAGACUCAAUCUACUGCAUGUAUUCCUGCCUUUGAAAGUGCUUUCCCCUGUCCCACUGUCAAAGUCUCCUUUGUGCUUUGGUGCCACCCACUGGCUCAUCGGUGGAAUUCGGCUUUUGGCUUAAUUUUCUCCUAAGAUCUCAAGCCUGUAUUUUGUAAUAGACUGUGUAAAACUAAACCAAAAACAAAAACCUUGCAUAUAUAAGAUUCUGUCGUUCCUGUAACUCUAUGAAAUUAGCAUGAGAGUGUUCACAGAGAAGCUUUGCAAUGAAGUUUUAAUUAGAAUGUAAACUGUACUUCCUAUGUAUGUAAAAUUUCAUAAAGUAUUUUGUAAAAACCCUUACAGUAAAUUACUAUAUGAUUUA